CUCACGCACACACCGCUUCACCAGUCGAAGCCGGGUCUCCCAAUUCUCCCCGCAUACAACCUCCACUCCGUUAGCUCUCUCUCUCUCUGUCUCUCAUGGUCAACUCCCUCCUUCUCUAUCUCUCUCCGGAACAGCUCAAGAGCUCUUCCCCCUGCGCGAGACCGGAUUCAUAGCGAGAUUGGUUUCCUGCCACUGUGGGAGCGGACAGGGCUACGGACUCACACAUACCACGCUGACGCUUGGACAUGGCAUGCGGACAGACGAGGCCAAAUAGGAAGGGUUGAGGCAGGUAGGCAGAAAGACAUACCGACAAAACACACACGUGGACAUAGGUGUCAAGGUCCAAGUUUACUUUGAUCCGAAAUAAUUGUACCGCACAUUUAUACAUUUGGAAUCUAUGCCACAAUCGUCGCCCACCCCUCUACUGUGAAACCUUGGCAGGAUCCUCCUAAAAAAAGAAUCCUGAGCCUCAGUGAGGCUUCGUUGGGCAUAUAAGCGUAAAUAUACAGAUAGGUGGGUCAACAACCCAGACAGAAGUUCAGACAGUUGAGUGGGUAAGUCAGUUGAUACACAGGUAGACAGACAGGUGAGUAGGUAGGUAAGUUGAAACGUAGGUACACUAACAGGUGAGUAGAUCAACUUUUAUACAGGUAGAUAGACAGUAAAAUAUAUUAAUUUGUAAGGAGGUAGUAAAACAAAAAUACAGACGAGUAUGUAUACAGACAGACAGGCAGCAGACAGGUGGAUAGGUGGACAGGUAGAUAAUUAGACAGACAAAUAGGCAGGUAAGUAGGUACAUAUAGAUAGGCAGAAAGGUGCAUAGGUCGGUAGACAUUUCAACAGGUAGUCAUACAGGUAGGCAUGCAGGUAAAUACACAGCUAUGUAGGUAGGAACACCAAUAGCUGCAUGGGUACACACAAGCAGGAUAAGUGAACAAUCGCACGGAACAUUUAGCAACAUCGAUAUACAGGUAAGAAGGUAGGAAACAGGUAGGUAGGUGGGUAGACAGUCAAGUUGACAGAGUAGCUGAUAGCUAUGUAUAUAGGCGGGUAGACACACCGACAGGUUUUUGCACCGGUAUAUAUUUAUGUGUAUAUACACGGGCAGGUGGGUAAACAACGCAAGUAAGUUGUUGACAAAAAUAUAAACAGGUAGGCACAUUGACAGAUAGGCAGGGAGAUAGGUAUACACAUUGAAGUUAGUUAUCCAGAUAGGUGGAUAGUUAGGUCGACAAAGAGAUACACAGGGCAGCAGGUAGACAGGUUAAACGAAGGUGUAGACACAGGUGUAGAGUGAGCGUCUGGCAGAGGAAGGAAGCGACCCCCCCCCCCAUCCAUCCAUCCCCAGGUGGCUCCCCCGCUUCUCCCGUCUCACCCACAUCGCGCCGAUGGGAUCCAUCCAGCAGCAGUGGCGGCAGCGGCAGCAGCUGCUCCUCCUCGUGUCGGCGCUCCGCUUCUGCUGCUGGACACCGCGGUGCCUGGGCACGGGCCCGGCCCCCCGGCCGCACAUCGUCUUCAUCCUCGUGGACGACCAAGGGUUCAACGACAUCGGCUACCACAACCCGCACGUGCGCACGCCGCACCUCGACCGGCUGGCAGCGCAGGGGGUGCGCUUGGAGAAUUACUACGUGCAGCCCAUUUGUACCCCAACCAGGAGCCAGCUGCUCACGGGCCGGUACCAGAUCCACACGGGGAUGCAGCACUCCAUAAUCCGUGCCCGCCAGCCGUCGUGCCUGCCAGCAGGAGGUGCCACUCUGGCCGAGGCGCUGCGGGAGGGCGCAGGCUACGCCACGCACGCCGUGGGCAAGUGGCACCUGGGCUUCUGGCGCCGUGAAUGCCUCCCCACGAGCCGCGGGUUCGACUCCUUCCUGGGCUCGCUCACGGGCAGCGCCGACCACUUCACGCACACCGCCUGCGCCGCAGGGGGGCUGUGUGGCUACGACCACUCCGAUGGAGAGACCCCGGACUACGAGGCGGCGGGGAGCUACUCUACGGAGGUUUACACGAGCGCUGUGCUGCGCCUGCUCGAGCAGCACUGGAGGGAGGGCAACCAGCAGAAGCCGAUGUUCGUGUACGUGGCGUUCCGCGCGCCGCACGCCCCGGCGCAGGCUCCGCGCCGCUUCGUGCUGCCCUACGCGCAUCUCUGGAGCGUGGAGCGUCGCAGGCACCUCGCCAUGGUCACCGCGCUGGACGAGGCUGUGAGGAACAUCACGCGCGCACUCAAGCGCUACGGCUACUACAACAACACCGUCAUCGUGUACUCCACGGACAACGGGGGGCAGCCGUACAUCGGGGGCAGCAACUGGCCACUGCGGGGCCGCAAGGGCAGCUACUGGGAGGGCGGGAUGCGUGCCGUCGGCUUCGUGCACAGCCCACUCAUCCCGGCGCGGCGCCAGGGCUCCGUGAGCCGUGGGCUCAUCCAUGUCACCGACUGGUUCCCCACCCUGGCUCGCCUCGCCGGGGUCGACCUGCCCGCCUUCUUCGCGGCGAGGAGGAGGAAAAGGAGGCUGGCGGAAGGAGGGGACGGAGGAGCCGGAGGAGACGGAGAAGGAGACGGGACAGAUGGCAAGGGAGGAGACUGGCAUGGAGAUGGGACCGGACGGGCGGAUGUGGCCGCAGGUGGUGGGAGGGGAGGUGAAACGGGAGAUGGGAGGGUGGGCCAAGGGUCGUGGGGCCAGGGGAGAGGUGGGAGAGAAGGUGGGACAGAAGACGCGAGAGGUGAUGGGAAAAGAAAUCAGAGGGAUGGGAGCGGAGGUGGGGCCAGACGAGAAGGUGUGGCAGGUCAUGGGAUAACAGGUGGGAAAGGAGAACACAGAAACGCUAUGACGGGAGGUCAGAGAGGAGAUGGGACCACACGAGUAGAUGUGGCUGGAGGUGGGAGAGGAGAAGGGACAGGAGGUGCGAGCAGACGAAAAGGGGACAGUGCAGGAGGACGUGGCAAAGGAGACGAGCGAGAAGGUGGGAAUGGCGCUGGUGGAGGAUCAGACGGUACUGGUGAGGGAUCAGACCGGCUGCUCCUGCCUCUGGACGGCUUUGACGUGUGGGAUGUCAUCUGCCAGGGCAGUGAGUCGCCACGGAAGGAAAUUCUACACAACAUCAACCCGAUGAAGCGCGUUUCUAGACAUGCAAUCGUUCAGCGACAGAGGGUCGGCCCCUCCCUCUCAUCCUCGUCCUCCUCAUCCUCCUCGUCAUCAUCGCCCUCCUCCUCGCACUGGGCGUGCAGCCUGGGCGUCUGGGAUUGCCACGUGACCGCCGCGCUGCGCUCGGGGUCCUGGAAGCUGCUGACCGGGGAUCCGGGUCACGGCGACUGGGUCCCCGUUCGGACGGGGCCGGAGCUCCAGGGCCGCUGGUGGAACCUGGAGAGGCGUUCCUACUCGCGAGCGAGGAUCGCAAAGGGCGGCAACAGCGGCAAGAGCGUCAAGGGCAGCAAGGGCAGUGGAGGGAAGGACGAGAGGAGGAAGAGGAAAGGGAAGAAGAAAAGGAGCCGGAGAGGGAGGAGAGGGGCAGUGAUGGAGGAAGAGGCGAGGGCAUCAUCAUCAUCCUCGUUGUCUUUGUCUCAUUCUUCUGUUUCAUCAUCAGGGUCGUCAUCAUCAGCGUCGCCGAGCGGCAAUCUCGAGACAAGAUUAUUCCCCAGCCACUACACGAACAGCAACGUCAUCGACAGCAGCAACUACAUCCUGCAGCAGCAGCUGCUGCAGCGGCACGUGGACAGCAAGCUGAGCCCAGCUGGGGGCAAGGAUCGCACUGGGCCCGGGUUCAGCUGCAGGGACAGCAAACGGCACUGCGGCCAGGGUGACAACAAUGGGACGAUGAGAACGCACAGCAACAGCAAGAGGAGAAAGUUGCUUCAAGGCGACAACAGUCCGCGGAACAGCAAUGCGAGGAGCAGCAACGGGAGCAACGGCAACGCAGACAGAAGUAACAGCCACCGUGGCGACAGCAGCUUAACCAACAGCCAUCCCAGCAACGGCAACCGCAGCAACGCUCACCGGGGUGCCGUGACUCUACGGGAUAGCAGCAGCGACGGGAGAGACGGCCAUCAAAGCGACAGCCAUGCGAAGAACGGCACCGAGAGCCCGAGCACGUGUGCGCACGGCUGCGGGAGUAACGACAGCCGUAGCAAGGGCCACUCGAGCGCCAGGAGCGCUCCCGUGACGGCAUACCUGCUGAGCAAGGUGACCAAGAUGACGGGCAGCCACAGCGCGGUGGUCGGGGUGGGCUUCGUGGGGUUCCCGGUGAAGGACUCGGCACCGCCGCGAGGAGGAGGAGGGGGAGGAAGGGGUGAUGGUGGAGAAAAAAGGGGUAAAGGUGGUGGAGGAGGAGGAAGGGGUGAUGAUAGUGCAGAUAUAGGUAAAGCAGGAGGAGGCGAUAAAGGUGGUGGUCGUGGUGUCGCUGGAGGAGACAGAGGCGGAGGAGGAGGAGGAGGAGGAGGUGGCGGAAGAGUUAGCAGUGGAGGAGGUGUAAGAGGAGGAGGCGGUGGAAUAGGUGUUGGAGGAGGCAGAGUCGGUGAACGAGGUGGAGGAGCAGAUGGUGGAGGCAGAGCAGCACCGGCAACACCUGCAUCGACUCCGGGACUCAAAGGAGACCGCGCGUGGCACCGCCACGUGCAAGUGACCAACGAUGACGACGAUGACGACUACGAUGAUGACGAUGACGACGAUGACAGUGACGUUGACAGUGGCGGCAGCGACGAUGGCGGCGAGGAGGUGAAGAUGUUGUGGCUCUUCAAUAUCUCGGCCGACCCCUAUGAGCGACACGACGUCUCCUCGCUCUACCCGGAGGUGGUGCUGGGUCUGCUGCUCCGUCUCGCUGCGUACAACCGCUCAGCGGUGCCCGUGUGGUUCCCUCCUCACGACCGGCGAGCUGACCCGGGCCUCACAGGCGGAGCGUGGCUUCCCUGGGACCCUGCCCCCUCACCACCACCAUCAUCAGGGUCAUCACCAUCAUCAGGGUCAUCAUCAGAAUCAACAACAUCAAAAUCAUCAGAAGAGUCAUCUUCAUUGGAAGUAGCGACAUCAUCGUCAUCCCAACCGUCACCACCGUCUCAAGGUUCCACAUUAUCAUCGUCACCGUCGUCAUCGUCAUCAGCAAAGGUUCCCAACGUCAACCAAACGACGACAAAGCAGCGGCAGCAGCAACAGCAGCGGCAUCAGCAAAAGCAGCGUGUUAAGGCUCAUCGUCAGCAGCAGCAGAAAGGACAACAGCAGAAGACACCAGCACCACCACAAAAACACAAUCAUCAGACUCAGGAGCAGCAAAAGCAGAAACAACAGCAGAAGCCACCACAGAAAAACAAUCACCAGUCUCAGAAGCAGAAGCAGCAGCACCAAAAGCAGCAUCUGAAAAAGAAACAGCAGCAGCAGCAGAAGCAGAAGAGACUUCAGCAGAAAAUGAGACAAAAGGUGGCUCGGCAGAGAGAGAGGCAGCGCGAGAGGAAGAUGCAGGCGGAGAAGAGGAGAGCGGAGGCGCGAGAGAAGAGCCGAAGUUGCCCGCUGUGCAAGCUCCGCUCGUACUUUCACAAACUCAACGUCGCCCUCACGCUGAACCGCAUCUGAGCUUUUCCUGUCCCCAUCUUCUAAGCCGGGGUGGGGGUGGAGAAGCUUUCCACUUUACUUAGGGGCCAUUACAGUGACACAAGUGACUGAGUUUAGCACUGUGAUGACAUCAUCUUACUACUCUAUUUAAGCGCGGAAACAUGAAGACUUUUUCACAAUUAUGGCAAAUCGCCUGAUGAAGCUAGUUGUAAUCACCAGCGAAACAUAGUACUCAAAUCGUACAUUUUAUGGGUUUACUCUCCAACACACCGGUGGUAGCUAAUCGGCACGUUUCGCUUUACGUGACGAACCUUACCUAGUGGCUGUGUCGGGUGGUGGUGGGUUAACGACACAUUUACAUUGACGCGAUCUAACCAAAAAAGAAACCCCUUUAUUACGAACAAGUGACUGAGCAGGACAUAAAAAAAUUACAUUCACACAGUGUUGUUUCCAUGCCAAAUAUAUCCACCCUCUAGUAUCCGAUUAGUGCGGCUAAGACGCUUGCGGUAACGCGAGCAAAGGUCGUUUGAGGGGGGGGGGGGCUGUUUCGAAGUGGCAGGCCUUGUGUGGCCCUGGGGCGUAUUAAUCGGGGCCGCGGGGUACUGCAUGCAGCGGCCCGCAUGCUGCAGUUUCCUCUCGACGGCUUCCAUUUUGCUGUGUAGUAACCCUCCCCCCCUAUAUUUUUUAGAGUUGAGAAUACGUGGCCAUUCCAACAGGCAUCAGUGACACAGAUGGUCUCUACCAGGGAUACAACUACAUUUGGCUUUUUGACAAAGUAGUGCCAAUCAUUUAAUUAACGCCAUAGAGAUGAUGAUGAUGGUUAUAUGUUUAUACAAAGUGGUACAUAUUUGAUCGGGCUCUGAAGACAUAGGCGAUGUGGACGCGCGACAGGCUGGUCGACUAUUUGGUGGAGGGGUUUCGGAAAGCUGAAACUCCGGAGUGAAAAGCAAACGACCCAUGUGCCUUUAAAGUACCUUUUCAGCCAGUGCAGAGUACGUCCAGCUACGAAUUACGGAGCUGUGCAUGGCUGCAAAUUAUGCUGAGAAAUCGGAAAUGCUAAUUCAGACUCCCAGAGUCGUUGGUAGGAGCCAUUGCGAUAGUAGGACCCACGUGAUUGCAUUGCAACACGAGGAGAUAACGUGCCGGACAGGACAACCACUGUGAAGAUGGACGACCACCACGGCAAGAAUGUAUAUUUGAAUGAAAUGAGAGUAGAUUAUUCCAUUAUUAAUACUAUAGUUACGCUUGUUUACAUAGAGGAAAGCCUUGCUCGGUCCCAAGAGUAUUCCAGGAGGGUCAUAUCAAGUUUUAUAUGCAGGACAAAGAAUUGUGCAUCAGACCACGUGUGCGUAGAAGGGCGGUCGCCCGAAACGUUGCCUAUUAAUUAUAUAUACCGGGUGUAUAUCGGUUAGCGUGCUGCGCUACGAACCCAGUGACCCGACUUCCUUUCCCGCUCGCGGCCGACACCAGUGUCAAUUAUCUGAACUGGUCCUGGGCCUCCCCUAGGUCGACUCGGCCUUAAAUAAGUGCCUGGUACGGUGUGUAAACAUCGCCACUACGGAGACAAUGACGGCCGAGCCUGGUGCUGGCCGAACCACUUGACCCAAAUUUCUGUUGAGUGUCUACGGGGGAUCUUUGUCUUUGAACAAGGCAGCCCUUUGUGGUUUAUGCUGCGUUUAUUUUUAAAAUUGUCGUUUAAUUUAUGCCACUGUCGUUGAUUACACGUUUUUGCGAUUGUAUUGUUUUAAUAAUGCAUUUAUUAUGUUUAUGUAUUUGUUUUCUGCUUUCAAAGCCGUGUAAAUAUAAAUCUAUUACAAAUAAAACUGUGUUCACGACAUGGUUCACAAAUGUGGACAUUUCACGAGAUAUUUUUUCAUGGAACAAAACUGAAAGGUGCAUGCUUGUAAUUACACUGAGAGACAGGAAGAGGAUAACGUGGGCUAGAGAACACAAUCGAGUGAAUUACAUUUUCACUGCAUCGCACGUUUUCGAUGCCCUUUGGCGGCCGUCAGGAACCCUUUUCCUUCCAAAUAUUAGGAAGCUCCUGGAAUUAUUCACUUUUA